AUGAACUGGUUGGAAUUCAACCGCGUUCAUAUCAACUAUUUUUCGAAGACGGUGUUGUUUCCUGGAGCUAUUAAUGAUGAUGAUCUGGCUAUGACUGCUAGACAAGUGAAUGAGGCUGUUGAAGACGAUGCGACAGUGUUUAUGUUGUUUGCAUUGAUGAACUUGAAACACAAGGUAGUGAGUAAUGAACUACCAGUGGUGUCUGACUUUCCAGAAUUUUUUCCAGAGGAUGUGAACGAGUUACCGCCGGAGAGAGAAGUAGAGUUUGCUAUUGAAUUGGUUUCAGGAACUAGUCCAGUGUCGAUGGCACCGUAUUGUAUGUUUUGCUACGAAGAAAAUAGUAGCAAAAUCGUAGCAAAAUCAAAGCAGGAUUUGCAGGGCUGUUUUCGUUAUUUUGCUGUGUAA